AGUAAUACUGUAAUAACUAUGUACGGUGCAAGGUGGGUACUAGACUUAUCGGGGUGAUCACUUUGUAAAGUAUAUUGAUGUCUAAUCACCCAAAACUAACACAUGUCAACUGUAAUUGAAAACAUUUUUUAAUGGAAAAAUGUUUAAGAUAGUAAAUUUCAUGUUUUGUGUAUUUCAUCACUGUUUUUAAAAAUCCAAAAAAGAAAUAUAGAGAAGGAAUUGGUUUAUCAAAUAAAAUUCAUCCAAAACAGGUGGUGGGCAGGAGAGAAGCGUAUAGAGAGGUAGGGUCCUUUACAAACCAUUGCUGCCAUUGCAGGGCCUGAGUCCUAGGUUGUGCUCGACAGGGUCCCCUCCAUUUGGUCUUGGGGUCAGUCUGAAUAGCUGAGCCAUGGAGGCUUUCGGAGUCCAAUACACCUAGGUCCAGUUCCUGGUGCUACCCUGCUGGAGCUCUGUGCCUGGAGCCUGCACCUAAACGUCCUGAUUUUGUUUUCUCACCUGUGAAAUAGGGAUAACACCACCUGUCUUACAGAGUGUCUAGGAUUCACUGAGCUGAGAUGACACAUAGGCACACUCAGGUAACACUCAGCCGAGCUGUGUGCACGGCCCCCAGAGGACCCAAAGCUGCUGCUCAGUACCGCUGCCCUUGAACUUGGUCAUUGCUGGGAAUUAAUUAGCCCUCUUCAGAAAUGGCAUCCUCUACAAGUCCCUCUGAUUACAACUUCUUGUCCUUCUACCUCUUUGCCUAAGCCUGUCGACAAGUCUGUCUCCCUGUGACCUUCACAGUGGGCAGGGGGUGUCUCAUUCCUUGUGUACCUGUUCUCACCACUGGGCUUUCCUUCUGGAAUUGCUGCCUAUUUCUCCCUUCCACUCUUCCCUGGCAGAAGGGAGCCCCCUCCUCUGCGCAUAUGCCUCUCUGCCCCCCACACACACACGCUGCCGGGCCCCUUCAGCAGUCUCCAGUCCUCUCUGAUGCCCACUACUGCCACCUUACCAGCUUCCUCUUGGCGACCUGAAACACACUCGAGUCACCUGUAUCCUCAUAACAUGUCACCACCCCACUAAGCAAGCAGUUCCCAAACCACCGCUUCCUUCCUGUUUCGCAUCCAGCCUCUGGGCGCUAUGGAAGGGCUGGGUGGUGCAGUGGAGGGCUCCCCAGCGAGUAGCCCGGGAGGAACAGGCUUUUAUCCCUGCUGUCGCCCUACAUGACACUCCAAUGACCCAGGAAGACAAAAGAAGGGAGAAGGGCACAAAAUUCUGGAAGACAAAAAACAGAAAUGAGUGGUAACUGACUUAGCAGCCUGGAGAAGCUAGAAACCUACAUCCUUAUGUGGUCAGAAGCCAGUGAGAAGCCGGCCGACUGGUGCCCGGGAUGCCAGAGAAGCUCCAGACUCGUGCGCCAUCGGUGCGUGGAAGCAGGAGGGGCAGGGAGGAGGGGCUGCAAGUCUGCACAGGGAGCAGGAACCGCAGGAGAGGACAGCGGGUUCCUGCCCAGAGGCUGAGCGAGAGGCCUGGUAUUGGGAGGGGCCCACUGAGGGCGGGGGUGGGCGAGGCAGCACCCUGAAAAAUGGGAUGAAGAGAAAGUCCACGUAUCUACAAAUUCUAUUUUCUGGGGUCCCUCUAAACCUGUCCUCAGCGCCCCCACCCAGGGUCUGCCAAGCAUCAGGUUCCCUCCCCUCACAGAACUUCAGUUUCCUACACCAUAUCUCACAUUUCUGUAGGAAAGGCCAGGCAACGAUCACACAGACCUCUGAAGAAAACCUUUUAAAGAAACACAUACCAAAACAAAGAGAAAGAGGAAUUUAGGAGAAAUAGUCAAUGCAGGGAAAGAUGAACACUUAAACAAACAAACAAACUUAUGAUAGUAUCUUUCCAACUGUAAGGAGAUGAUGGUAUUAUGCUGUGAAAGAACAGGAAGCUAACAAAACGGAGAACAAGAAAAAGAUCUGGGAAAUAUGAUCGCCAAAAUAUUUAAAAAUUGAGAAGAAUUGGAAGAUAAAGUAGAAUAUAAAGAGCAAAUUGGAAGACUAAUCCAGGAUAUGCAACAUCUGAGCACUGGAGAUCCAGAAAUAGAAGAAGAAGGGAAGGAGAGGGAAGAAAAUUCCCCGCGAUCCAAGAUGAUGAGUUUUCGGAUGGAAAUUUCCGGCACAGUGAUGACGAAGAAAACCCACAUGAAGACACAUCAUUGUAGAACCUAAGAACUGAAGGGAGAAAGGAAGACCUUAGUAAGAGCCAUCAGAGAGAAAAGCUUGAGUCCUCUACGAAGGACUGUGGACCCCAGUGGAACUGGACUUUUCAGCAAGAACUUGGGGACUUAGAAGACAAAGAAGAAAUGCCUUUCAAGUUCUGAAGGAAAUUAUUUAUAGAGUUCUCUGCCCGGCCACACUGUUAAUCAAGGGUGGGAAACCAAGCCUCAGUGACAUGAGGGGCCAUGGGCCCCAGGGGCAGCUCAGGGAAGCCCUGAUGGCAGGCAUGGCGGGAAGUGCCGACGGGUGGCAGCACCAUGGGCCCAGGCUGGAGCAGGAUGGGCUCUGGGAGCCAAGGCUGCCGGGAAAAUUGUGACCAAUGGGUGGUCGAGGCUGAAAGGAUUCUUAUAGCUCUUUCAGUGAACAUGAGGUUGAGAAACUUGAGCAAAGAGCGGAAAAAAAAGCUGAAGCAAUUUUUCCAAGAAAAACAAAAGUUGUCCAAGAAAGGAAAUUAAUCAUAGUACACUAUGUGCCUUAUCUGAGAACAGUGUUUACAUAGCUCUAAUGCUGAAUAUGAAUUUGACCAAAGUUGUGAUGUGAGGCUGUUGCAGGAAUGUGGGGCCGAAGGAGUGCGCGCGUGUGGGGCGUGGGUAUAGAGAGUUGCUAGCAGCAAGAACGCCGCGAACAUGGAAGACAGGCUCACCGGAUGCGCAGGAGUGUCUCUGUAUUAACGUCUGCAGCCAAAACAACCGUCCUCCAAAACAGGUUGCUAUUACUUCCUGAGGCAUGGAGAGUGUCCCGGGCAGCCAUGGCCCACGUGUUUGUGUACGGGACUCUGAAGCGAGGCCAGCCCAACCACAAGGUGCUGCUGGACGACGCCAAUGGCUGCGCGACCUUCCAGGGCCAGGGCCACACGGUGGAGCCUUACCCCUUGGUGAUCGCUGGAGAGCAUAACAUUCCAUAUCUACUGAACCUGCCGGGGCACGGCCACCGCGUGGCCGGGGAGAUCUAUACCGUGGACGAGCGGAUGCUGCGCUUCCUGGAUGAGUUUGAAGACUGCCCCAUCAUGUACCAGCGCACCUCCGUGAGGACCGCGGUCCUCGAGUGGGAAGGCGCGCCCCACGCCCCCCAAGGGCCUCCAGCUGCCGAGCAGACGCUGCAGUGCUUCGUGUACAGCACGGCCACCUACCCGCCCGAGUGGGUCCACCUCCAGUACCACCACAAUUACGACUCUCUGGGGAAGCACGGGCUGCGCUAUAAUCCACGGGAAAACAGAUAAAAAAGGCGAGGAAUGCUCACCAGCCAGAACACAGAUAGCGCCCUGAUGAUGAUGAGAUUACCUCAGCUUGGUCUGUACUCACUGAAUGCAAAAGCAUAAUAAUGCCCUUUGAAACAAAUAUUUGUAAAACGCAGUCUGUGGACAAAGAAAUAAUCUCUUUUGUAGUAGCAGCCGAUUUCCCAAAUAAUUUUGACAUACUGAUAACAAGAUUGUGCCCUGAAAUCUGUCUAUUCGAUACUGCUUUAUUGCUCGCUGCUUCAAGAGCAUCAUGGGUAUGAAUGUACUGGAUAAGAAAAAUGUAGGGUUUUUAAUUCCCCUAAAUGACAUUUCAGAAACUCUUAUGUUAUCAUAUUUUUCUUUCUCUUCUUUCUUUUUCUUUCUUUUUUUCUUUGCUUUAAUCUGGAGGUAACAUUUAAAGUGAAUGUGAAGACUCUGUUGCAGCUGGAUUUGAGCAGUCCUACUAUAUUGAUUCUGACUUGCAACAUCAAGGAAAAAAAUGUUUAAGCUGCUCUUGGAUGUCUCAGUGUAAUUUUAAAAACCUUGAAAAAAAUGCUCUAUUUUACAAUAGUGUUGGAGUAUAAAUAACAUCAUUCUUCACACUUUUCAGAUCAAGCUUAUCUAAAGAGAUUAUUAAAGAUGAUCAUUUAAAAUUAAAACUAGAUGUUUUAGGAAAUCGAAUAUAAAAGUGUUGGUGCUAUUUUUGCCCCUUUUCUUGGGCCUGCUUAAUUUGAUAGAAGGUUUUUUUCAUUCUAAUCCAGCAAAAUAACAAGCACCCACUUACUGGUUUCAGAUGGAAGCUCACAAGCCCAGAGCCCAACAGGCACUGUCCCUGCCCCCCGACAGGAGUAGCAUUUGGGGGUGGGCCUUUUAGAGAAGAACCAACAUAUUAGUAAUUUGUUCUUCAGGCCUGACAGAAAGCUCAGCUUCCAAAAUACAAACAGCACUUAAAAUAAUUCCAGCAAGGCACGAUGUGCUCGACACGCCCCACCUCCGUCUGAUCCGCCAGCACAGAAUCCAGUCAGUGCAUGAGUCUGCGCCGCUUACUCACCAGCUCGUAGGAAAUGGAUUCCGAGGUUUUCAGAACCAAUGCAAAUGCAGCUGCUGAGCCUUAGCAACCCCAUCCUCUGUCAGGAGAGCUCACUUACUCUUCAACUUAAUGGUAGACUAUGAUCACUAGCUGCAUCUGGCACAAAAAAAGGAGCAUUAUUUUUAGCCCUUUUUUCUUAAUUGGGAACUUGCUUCACAGAAAAACAAAAAGGCCAGGAUGGGUAUCAGCUGAUGAGCUUGUGGCAGCCCCACCCACUACAGUUGGGGUGAGGAAGCCCCUAGCAGAGCCUGUGGAAUGGGGAAGAGGGGGCCUUGUGAGUCAGCUGUCCAUAAGGUGAUGCCCUGGGGACCAGCCCAUCCAGCACUUACCCAUUAGAGCCACACGGGGGAUUUCCAGAAUCAUCACCAGUGCCGUACGGGCGUAAGGAGUUACGAAUAACGGUUAAAAGCAAUGGUUAGGUCCUCAGCCAGGAUGAAGUAGGUAAUCAGAUAAGAUGGCAAAUGCUAGUUUAAUGAAACUGAAGGCAAAACCUGGGAUUUAUAUCAAUUUUUAAAAGGAUGACAAUGAAAUGCUAGUACUUAAAGUCUGGCACAGCCUGUAGCCUAUUAUGUACAUUGUCUUCAUUCAAAAAAAGGGCAAACUAAUAUUUAGACAAAUACUCAGUUUUAUUGAUUUAAUUUUGACACCAGGAAAUCUCACAGCAGAAGUACAAAUCAUAUGUACAAUUAUUUAUAUCAAUAAAAACUUCCAUUGGUGAUUUUUUGGCAGAAUGUUGGUUUUGACUAUAUGUGGAAUAAAUAUGACCAUGUAAAA